AUGGUUACGCUCCAUUUGACACAGCACAGGGUCGCGACCGCCAGCACUCUGCCUCUGAUAGCACCGAGGGAGGCCUUGGCUCGGCUAGACGGAGAUCAAUCCCAAACCACUGGUGGGUACCCCGCCGCUGACUCCCAUGCUGACACAAAUACCGGCAUUGGUGCCGAAGACCUUUAUUCCAACCUCUCUUCCUAUACAUUCGGUUCUGCACGCCCUAGUCGCACGGAAUUUCUGGAAAUGAUCAGCCCCUUUUCGGCUCCUGGUCCUAGUAGCUCGGACCCCACUCCCCGUCCUUCAGUCUCGGGUCCGAGCUCAGAUGGCAGUGCCCCACCCACGCGGCAUACCAACCGAUCACGAACGCCCCGUACCCGUCCUAGAGAUAUCGAGGAUGACGGCUCGACAGCAGAUCGAGAAGACGACGGCGACGAAGAGGGCCAUAUGCGCACCAAAAUGCGCGCUAUGAAUGAUGGCACACGCAGACCAUCACUGCCGAUGAUCUCUUACCCUUCAGAGAGGUCUCAGUCGCCUCCAAUUUCUCCUACGACUUCUCGUUCACGACCACAUCCUCAGCGCAAAUCCGACAGUCCAGGUGAGCGACAUUCGUCCUCAGAGGCAGAGUCAGAAUCCGGCACGAGCUACGUCGACGGCGAUGAAGGAGACGCAGAUAUUGGAGAUUUCGACACUGACAUUGAGCUUGAUUUUCAUCAUAACUCCGUCGCUCCUGCUACGCAUGAUGUUGAUAUGUCCGACGCGGUGUUGCAACAUACAUUUAGGGGAGGCUAUGGUCAGUACGUGUACAAGUCCGGCUCACAUUCAAACGAUGGAGGUCAGGGCGAUGACCACGGCGAUGACGGUCAUGAUGGCCGAAAAGUCGCGUCGCGUAUCCUCGUUACAGAUGCAGAUCUAGCGGCGCAUGCGAUCGAAAGCUCGCAAGUACGAAGAGGUAGCCUCCCUUGGAAUAUUACCGAGGAUCCUGCUGCUGGUAGUUCUGGCAUAGGGAGAGGUCGCGAAGACAGCUUGGCGACCAGCCAGUCUGCUGGCCUCGCAGACAUGUCAAACGUGCCGGCGAUCAACCCUUCCGAGAACGGAACGGGUGGCACGAGCGUCCAGCCUCCUCCACGCGACCUGUUCUCUACGGCAGCUGUCGACCUUGGUGCGGGGGUGCCAGCGCAGAGCGAUUCGAAUGCACUUGCGGACUUCGAUCUCGGCUACAUUUUGGGGGGCACAGCCGAACGUGACCGCCGCAAGUCGUGGCAAUCUACCGCUCCGUCAUGGAUGCAGGUGCCGCCGCACACCUCAUCCGAUCCGCAAGCAGCCGGUUUCGAGAACUUUGAGUUCCCUGGCUGGGGCGCUCCGGUCACAGGUCCUGGCGGGCGGAGACCGAGCACCAUCACCGUCGGCAGUUUUGAGGAUGCCUUCACGCGCCAUGUUCAGCGGUUCGAUCCAGUAUCCAAUGAGCGAGCAGUGGAGUGGAGCUUCAAGCGCGAGACUGUGGAUGGGCUAGGCCCGGACAUCCCAAUCAACGCUCGGUGGGUGUUGACAGCGAGUUCGCGCGCCUUGGCACCUGGCCAGCAGGAACUAUGGCGACAUGCACACGUCGGUCGCUUCAAGAUAGAAAAACUGCUCUUACGACUGGAUGACCCCAAUAAGCCGCCUUCACAACGUAUUAACGUCCGGCACAUUCCAGAUCCGUACUCGAGAGGCAACACUCUUGGUGGGCCAGUGUCAGUAGUGCACAAGCACUCGCGCGCCAUUGCGUUCUCGCUCUUCCGAAAGCACAACCUCUUCAACCGCUCGCGAUCUGGAGCAACGUCCAUGCCGACAAGCGGCAGUAUCCUGCUUGCCACGCGGAGGAUCCAGGAGCAAUACACGAGCACACGAUCGACCAACCAGCUGAAGUCACAUGGCCUGCUGAAGGAUGGCAAACCACGCAGUCGUGAAACCAGCGGCCAGAGCACCACUCUGAACGGCAGUGGGUUAUCAUCCCGUGAACGUAGUCAUUCAAGGGACGCGCGGGACAAGCAAAAGGCAAAGGGCAAAGGCAAGGAAUACACCACAGGCACAUCCAGCCAAACAGCGAGCGCUGGCAGCGUCACCAGCCGGACCGCUGGCAGCGAGGAUGAGUCUGUCGUCUUUGCUAGGCCGCAUAGUACUUCGACUGCUUCCGGAGGCCGCUCAGUUCCUGUCUCGCCGACCGUCGUCGAGUCUCAGUUUGCCUAUUCAACGGCAUCGGCGUCAGAAAGAGCGCUCACACUUCGAUCGGCGGGCGAUGGUCCGUCAACGUCGAAAUACGGCUCCCCUCCUUCUACCGCCUCAUCAGAUCGUGCAUCAGCUCGUGCGGAUUCUAUGAUCAUCGACGAAGAUGACGAGCAGGUUUUGCCGCGUACCUCGCAUGCAGAGGCCUUCGCGACGCUCGAUCAGAACAGCAUCGAGUAUCUCCGCGGGAGGUCAGAGCUGAUCGUUCCCGACCAUGACGGGACACAUGCGCGGAGUAUUACGGAACGGUUGCGGCGGAGGCUACUUGGGCAGAAUCCUGUCAAGGCCAUCUCCCGACCUCCAGCGGGCCCGCCAGUGGCUGCAUUGGAGGGGCAUUACACGCCGCCAUGGAUGACAAUGGCGCCCCGGUCUCGCGUUGAGGAGCGCGAUCGUGUCAUUCAAAAUCUAAACGAGUCCUUUAAGGAUGUCGGCUUGCUACCCUCGUUCCGGACGAAAGGCAGUGGGAAGCCCAGACGCCGCAAUACCGACACGGUCAACAUCUUCUCGCACGUCCCCGACGACUCGCUGUACAUGCUCCUCCCGCUGUGGCCCGGUGACACUAACGCGCAGUCUAAGAACGCUGUUGAUGACACCAACGUGUAUUCUGUACCUCUCGAGGAGCGACAGUACCUCCUCGUGUACUACGUACCCCUGGCCGAGCGCCGCGACAACAAGAAGGACGGGAACAAAAAGCGUUCGCGGUCGAACUCACGCGCGGGUUCGUCCGUAUCUACCGACAAAUCCAAGCUGAUCCAGCUCUCGUCCUUCUCCGUCUGCGCGCGGCUGAUCUCCUACCACGACCUGCUCGGCACCGGCGUCCGGCUCCCACUGGACGGGCUGUCUAUCACCGGUCCCAUGGCGGAGGCUAUGGACACGCUCCCGUCGGCCGCUGUGCGCGAGUCACGUUUGGAAACGCCAUGCGCUAUCAUUGGCAUCUGUUACGGCCUCGAGAAAGGGAUCGAAUUCCUCCCGGACGGUCUAGCGAAAGUCGGGCUCGCUGUCGUGCUGCCCUCCGAAAACCCUGUUGUCUCGAAAUCUGUUGAGGCGGAGGCAGAAGAGCUUAACUAUGAAAUGACACCAAUCGGGCGCGCGGCCGUUGAAAUGGCGUGGCUGGGCUGCCUGGCGAUGACCAAGUUCGGACCCGAGCCGCAGUUGUCGAAGUGAAUGACUCCACCACGCCUCGGCUAGUCACGAUUACGACAGGGUGAAGACUUAUGAAUGUAUUAUGACCCAAUAUCUCUUCGUGUUUCUAUAGUCCAAUUACCUUUACCUAGCGUCGCACGUCUCCGUCCCAUACAACUUGAGCUGUCUCAUCACUCAAUACCCUUGACAUCUGUAUUCAUUGUUUACCGUCUCAACUAUUGCCCUAGUGCCAUGGCUUGGAUAGAACCUGUAUAUGUAUUUACUUUAAAAUGAUAUAUCUCGCUUGCGC